AUGCCUAGUACGUCAACUGCCCCUCAUGAUGCGCGCGUGCUGCCCCGCCAGGGUCGAUCCGUCGCCGGGGGGGAACUGGACCCUGGCGCUUUCCAGAUCUGGUGCCCCAAGAGCCAUGCCCAGAUGAAUACAGUCCAGCUGACUUUUGGAACAGAAAAGGAUAAAAAGAAUGCCAAAGAACAUGGCGGCAGUAUUGCUGCAGCGGUGACCCAUCAAGCGGCUGGCAAGCUCUCGAACGGCGGUGGCAGCGACAACAGCAGCAGUAACAAUCUACCUGUCAAGAGCGGACCCAACUCGCACGAAUCUACGCCCCCCAUCAAUACACCCGACACCAAAGCAACCGUGCUUGACAAUGUCCAAGCCGCACCCUCGCCUCUGCUGGAUGCCAUAUCCAACGUUUCGGUUUCCGCAAGCACUGCGCCCAGCAUGACAAACGAGUGGGCACGCUCCGGCGCUUUUGCUGGAUCUCCGGGCAAUCUGAUCAACUUUAUGGGCGACUCACCCCCUACGAUGCCGUCCUCAUAUGAAGACGCCCCAGGCCGCGCACAACCUGGAUGGCCCGACCAGAGGGCCUUUGUGAGCUCUUCUCCUGCUUCACCAUCGCCUCCACAUACGUUCCGCAGACCUAUGAGUUAUAACGUGGAGCAGAAUUAUCAGCCGCCUGGUUCCAUGCCCAGGGCUUCUCCAGGUGCGCUCAGACGGAGCUCCCUGCAAUCUCAACUGUCCCAACCACGAUUCAGCGCUAUGGCUGCUCCAAAACCGCAUCAACAGGCGCACUUGUACGGUGCCUCUGACCUUGACCUGACAAUCACACCGCGCUCUGGCAUCAAGGCAAGCGAGCGUGGGUACUACUUCGGGUUCGACCGGUGGCCAGAUGUGGCCGCUAAUGGCAAACCAAGUCCCCAUGUUGUCUUGGCUGGUUACGAGGGUGGCCUGGAUGUCUAUGCUGUGAACAAGAAAGGGCUGGACUGUCUGGGCGGGUUGAAAGGACUUCACGGCGGCGUGGUCCACGCCAAGAUUCUCCCAUGGUCCACGGCCGAUGGAACGGGGGACGUCUACCCGCUGAUCGCAGUUGUAGUACACGGACCAGUCUUACCAACCGCGCUCAACCAUGACGACAAGAGCGAAGUGGCGCCUGGUGCUCAGCGCAAGAACGAGGUCGAUUCUUACCGGACAACAGUGCAGGUUUACUCCCUCAAAACAAGUAAACUGGUCGAGACACUCAUGACGCUACCUCUUGUACCGAUCAACACCGCUAUUGCUUUGACCAGUCCGGCAUUUCAGCCACCUGCUCCAACAGGCUCACUCACGAUCAAGGCCGAGGCAGGAAAUAUUGCAAUCUGCUCUGGAACAAGCGGCGAGUGCUGGAUCUACAGCCAACUCUCCGCUGACCAAAACCGCCAUUUGUUCGCGUGUGUUGGGAAGGUCUGGACAACUCUGCAGCACGGCCCUCGAGUCGACAUCCCCAAGGAAAAUGAGCAACAGGCUUCUUCAACCAAAUCUGCGAGGUCGAGCGCGCCAGCACCCGUCUUUGCACUCAACGGACGGUGGCUGGCUUACUGCCCGGCCACCUCGGACUCGUCUCCUCCAGCACUUCAAGCGCACGUCACGGUGCCAAUUCUGGGACGCGCCGCGGGACUCAAGGACCUGUUGGCGCCGCAUGUUCCUCUCAUUACGGCAUCAGUUGAUUUGAUCUCUGAUAGUUUCGUGAACAAACUCAUGCGAGACACGACGCAGGAACUGAUUUCAGGGGCAAACUUUCUGUCCUUUUCGCCUUCGUCCAUGGCCCUCUUCACUGCGAGCAGUAAGGGUGAUGUCCAGAACGUCUGGGACCUACUCCGCAUCCAGCACACGAAAUACUCGUCUUUGCAAUCGACGAUAUCUCCCGAAGAAGGCAACGGGCCCUUGAUCAGACAGAUUGCGCAUUUUUCGCGGAUGACAGUCGCACGGGUUGUAGAUGUUGCCUGGGCCGAGCCUCACGGGGAGCGCUUGGCCAUGGUUACCGAGCGAGGUACAGUCCACCUGCUCGAGAUGCCUUUCAGUGCCCACAUGUGGCCACCGCCACGACGGAGAGUCCCCAAUGUAGAGAAAGAUGCUGGCACCAAGGAGGCAAACAACUCCGCCGUCUCAAUGGCCACCGGAGCUUUUGGCGCUGCCUAUUCAGCCGCCAUGCCCUUUGUCGCCCGAUCCCGGAGAGGUAGUGUCGCAACGCCGCCUGUCGGUGCCAUCAAUCCUACCUCGACCUUCAGGGACACAGCUGCCCAUGGGGGUCGGGUGAUCGCUGCUGGGAUAACACAUUCCCUAGGCAAGACGGGAACGGCUAUCAACCACUUCCGUCAUGCCGGAGAAAAUCGUGUUGCAGUGCCGCCAAGCUCCAUCUCACCAGCAGCCGCCUGUGUUGAAUGGAUGCGAGGGCGCAAGUCACACAGCCUGUUCGCACUGGGCGAUGGGCUGGUCCGAACCUUCCCAUCCAAGCAGAAACGCAUGUCAACCCAUCGCGGGGCUGGGUCGAGUCGCAUCCAAGACUUCAAGGUACCUCUGCUACCCGACGACAUCAUCGCUCCAGCCGUGCGACAAAUUCUCGAGUCCGGCACGGAAGAAGAAGUUCUUGAUAUGACAGAUCGGGACAUGGAAGCAGGCAACAACACUUUGACUCUAAACCAGGCUCGUCAAAAGGCAUCUAUCUGCCCGGGGCCAGCCUUCUACAUCCCACAAGCCGAGAUUGAGUCAAGCGCCCCUUACCAGCCGUUCCACACCGACCGACGUGUCACAGUUUGCGAACUUAUCAGCCUCCCUCACGGUGGCAUAGACGAGCAGACGCUAGUGAAUGGGCUUGAGGCUACCAGCCUUGAGGCAAAGCCCUCCAAGAAGAAGCCUCGACAACAGCACCAGCAAGUGGUCGAACCGAACGGCGCAUGGGCUUUUGGUCAAGACAUUCCGGCGACCAAUCUGCACAUUGGACCUAGGUUGGCACUGGACGAUGAUGGCGAAUCGGGCGAUCUAGCAUUGCCACCGUCCGCCAUGGAGCGCACACUGCAGUACGGUGACCAUGAGCAGAUUGUUGUGACCACUCGCAAGCGUCGCGGACCCCGAAAUGGAGAUCAAGAUGGCGAUGGCUUUUUUGAAGAUGACUGCGAGGUAUUGGAUUUUGCCGACCAGAGAGUUUGA